AUGUCGCUCCGAUUUUCUAGUGGAUCCAGGCGUAUUUGCUUACGUUCUGGAACUGGAUCUGCCCGAUCCCCCAGUGGAGGGCCAGGCUUUGCAGGCAGCAAUGCAUGUGGCAGCUCUGCUGCGGGAAGCAGUUAUUCCUGUGUCCUGGGAGGGCCCUUGGGCAGUACUCCUGGUGGGAGCCAUGCUAGUGGUGCCCUUGGAAAUGCUGCUUGUGUGGGCUUUGCUGGAAAUGAAGGAGGACUUCUUUCUGGGAAUGAAAAGGUGACUAUGCAGAACCUCAACGACCGCCUGGCAUCCUACCUGGAUAGUGUGCGAGCUCUGGAGGAAGCAAAUGCUGAACUGGAGCAAAAAAUCAAGGGUUGGUACGAAAAGUACGGUCCUGGAUCUUGCCGUGGACUGGACCAUGACUAUAGCAGAUAUCACCUAGCCAUUGAGGAUCUUAAAAAUAAGAUUAUCACUUCCACUACUGCUAACGCUAAUGUCAUUCUGCAGAUUGAUAAUGCCAGACUGGCUGCUGAUGACUUCCGGCUAAAGUAUGAAAAUGAGCUCGCUCUUCACCAAAGCGUUGAUGCCGACAUCAAUGGGCUCCGGCGAGUGCUGGAUGAGCUGACGCUCUGCAGGACCGACCAGGAGCUGCAGUACGAAUCCCUGAGUGAGGAGAUGACGUAUCUCAAGAAGAACCAUGAGGAGGAUAUGAAGGCUCUGCAGUGCGCAGCUGGGGGGAACGUGAAUGUGGAGAUGAACGCGGCGCCGGGAGUGGACCUCACGGUUCUACUGAACAACAUGCGAGCUGAGUAUGAAGACCUGGCAGAGCAGAACCGCAGGGAUGCCGAGACCUGGUUCAACGAAAAGAGUGCCACCCUCCAGCAGCAGAUAUCUGACGAUGCAGGAGCAGCCUCCACUGCCAGGAAUGAGCUGACGGAAAUGAAGCGCAGUCUGCAGACCCUGGAGAUUGAGCUGCAGUCCCUCUUGGCAACGAAACAUUCCCUGGAGUGCUCCUUGACUGAGACCGAAGGCAACUACUGCUCCCAGCUCGCCCAGAUCCAAGCUCAGAUCGGAGCCCUGGAAGAGCAGCUACAUCAGGUCAGAACCGAGACCGAGGGCCAGAAACUCGAGUACGAGCAGCUCCUCGACAUCAAGGUCCAUCUGGAGAAGGAGAUCGAGACCUACUGCCGCCUCAUAGAUGGAGAUGGAAAUUCAUGUUCCAAAUUCAAGAGCUUUGGAGCAGGAAAUACAGGGAAUACAUCUAAAGAUUUACCCAAAACCACACUAGUAAAGACGGUGGUUGAAGAGAUAGAUCAACGUGGCAAAGUUCUUUCAUCGAGAGUUCAUUCUAUUGAAGAAAAGACAUCCAAAAUGACCAAUGGCAAGACAGAGCAAAAAAGUCCUUUCUAG